UCCAUUUCCUUCAGCAAAAACCACACAAUUCUUCUCCUUCCCCAGUAGGUGAAAGACAAAGGAAAGGAAAUCAAGAAGAGAUUUUGAGCUGGAAAUAGUAGAGUAAGCGGCACUCAAACAUACAUCACACAAAAAGGUGAAAGGAGCUCAUUUUUCCAUUUCAGAAAAAAAAGGGAAAAAUCUGGAAGUCAGUGAGAAGGAAAAGGUCAAUUGGAUAGUCACAUAGGGCAGACAGUAAUGCAGGCCUUGCCCUUAGGGGAAGAAAAGUGCUUAAAUCAAAACACCAUAAAACAGGGACUCACACACAUUUUUGAUCUUCUUAAGAAUAUCUGUGCUAGAAGUGCUCCGUAGAUGUAUCUAUUGUGAGAAAAGCAGAUUUCAAAUCACAAGUGAUUAUGCAGGGAGAAUCCACUCUGGAGAACAGCCAUACUAAUUACUUGUCAGACCUGCUCCUUUUUGGUUCAUGCUAAAUGCUUUAGCAAAAAUGGCAACUUGGUGAUGCACCAGAGGACUCACCAGGGAGAAGCCAUAUGACUGUCCUGAUUGUGGGAAAUGUUUCAUUGGAAAUUCUGACCUUGAGUUGGAAAAGUUUCAGUCAGUACUGAUACACCAGAAGAUGCACACAGGAGAGAAACCCUUUGAAUGUCCUGUUUGUGGGAAACGUUUCAUUACAAAUGCUCACCUAGUGAUACAUCAGAGGACUCACACAGGAGAGAAACCCUUUGACUGUCCUGAUUGUGGGAAAAGUUUCAGUCACAAUUCCAACCUAGUAAGACACCAGAGAACUCACACAGGAGAGAAACCCUUUCAAUGUUCUGAUUGUGGAAAAAGUUUCAGUCACAAUUCCAACCUGUUACGACACCAGAGAACUCACACAGGAGAGAAACCCUUUGAAUGUUCUGAUUGUGGGAAAUGUUUUAGUCAGAAUUCGGAUCUGGUAAGCCAUCAGAGGACUCAUACGGGAGAGAAACCAUUUGAAUGUCCUGAUUGUGGGAAAAGUUUCAGUCAGAAUUCCCACCUGGUGAUACAUCAGAGGACUCACACAGGAGAGAAGCCCUUUGAAUGUCCUGAUUGUGGGAAAAGAUUCAGUCAGAAUUCUAACCUGGUAAUACACCAAGCAACACAUACCGGAGAGAAACUGUAUCAAUGUCCAGAGUGUGGGAAAAGUUUCAGCUAUCGUUCUAACCUGAUGAAACAUCUGAGGACUCACACAGGGGAGAAACCGUAUGAGUGUCUAGAGUGUGAGAAAACAUUCAGUUCCCAUUCUAAUCUUGGAAAACACCGGAGGACUCACACAGGAGAGAAACCAUACGUGUGUCCAGAGUGUGGGAAAAGUUUCAGUUACCCUUCUGUGCUUGUGAAACACCAGCGGACCCACACAGGGGAGAAGCCCUACAAGUGCUCCAAAUGUGAUAAAUGCUUUAGUGAAAAUGGCAACUUGGUGAUACACCAGAGGACCCACACGGGAGAGAAGCCGUAUGAGUGUCCGGAUUGUGGUAAAAGUUUCAGUUACCAUUCUGACCUGGUGAAACAUCAGAGGACUCACACAGGGGAGAAGCCAUAUGAGUGUCCGGAAUGUGGGAAGGAUUUUAGCACUAGCUCUAACCUUAUAAAUCAUGUAGUUUUACACACAGGGGAGAAGCCUUUCAUAUGUCCAGUCUGUGGACAAUACUUCCGGCGUAAAUCAUCUCUUAUUGCACACAAGGAAAUCCACGUGAGGCAAAAGUUGAUGAGUUUAGAGAAGGCCUAAAUGUAGUUUGUUAUCUCCCACUGAAAGUGAAAGUUUGCUGUUUGAAUUCUGCCUGAUUCUUUUUACACAAACAUCUCUCAGAAUUACACUUGCAGAUGUGGAGAAGAAAAUGGAAAAUGUUAGUUAGCCUCAAAAAAGGCUUUUGGGUGAUGUUUUUUGUAUAUUGAUUAUGGAAUUCUUACAGGCAGAGUUUCAGCCUUCUUAUCUUGGUGAACUCCAUAUUUUGAGAGCCAGUAUUACUCCAGCCAGCAUACAAGUAGCUCUCAAGAUAUAACUAAUUAUGUUGCAUGUUGCAAUGGCCCUUAAGCAAGACUGCUUUCCUGAAGUACCCCCCAGCCCUCUGUUCUCCCUCAAGUAGUCAUUAAAUAAAUUUGUGAGUCGUUAAGCAGAACAGUGGUUACCUCAGGGUUCGGGACAUAGCACAAGUACAGGCUUACCUUCCAAACGCCUCCUCUACUCCAACCCCUUCCCACAGGGUCCCCACAGGCUUUUUCACUCCCACCGGGUCCCUGCAGUCCUUACGCCUGACUCCCACACCACUAGGCCUCACACCCUUCUCCUCCUCAUCUUUUGAAGAUCUCUGAACCUCAUGCUAGGGAAAGAAGUACUUAGGAUUGCAACCAUUAUUUUCAUUGUACCCAGGAUUCAACCCUGGUCCAUAUGAUGGGCUUGUAGAAGCAGUUUCAAUUUUGUCACACCUGCCUCAGGGCCAAAAUGGUGGCUGCUUCUCGGUCCCUGUCACACGAGAGAGUGAGUAGCUGCUCUGUUUCACUUCCUUAAAACUAUGGAAAACUGCAUUAAGGGAUUGUGGGUGCACUAAAAAUG